AUGUCCAACAAAGACUCCGUCGUAUAUCAUUACCUCGCCAUCGGCAAGCUUGGUCGGGGUGAACCCAUCAAACUGCUUUUGGAGGAUGCAGGUAUUGAGUAUGAGGAGCGUCGCUACGCAAGAGACGAUACUUGGCCCGAAACCAAGGCGAAGUUGAUCAAGCAAGGUCUGACUAGGAAUGGGCAAGUUCCUGCUCUUGAGUACAAAGGCCAUGCUAUAACUGGCCAUGUCCCGAUUCUGCGCUACCUGUCUCGUGAUCUUGGUCGAUAUGAUGGUCAGAGCAAUGAGGACAAGUAUUUGACGGACUUGGUAUCAGACAUCUAUGUUGAUUGGAGGGCUCAAUGGGUGAGAAACCUCAAGGAGGGCCCCCGAGAAGAGUACAAGGAGACUGCUGCCCCUCAGUACUACGAUCUCAUCGGACAGUAUUACGCCGAUCACGAGGGACCUUAUCUUCUGGGUAAUGAGAUUAGCUACACCGACUUUCUCGUCUAUGUCUCUAUUGAUAACGAUGCUCGAACAAAGACACUCCCUGAGAGCUUGCCAGAGUCUCUUGUCAAGUUCAAGGCUGCUUUCGAGGCUCGACCCAAGCUUGUUGAAUACAUCAAGCAGGGAUAA